UUGUAACAGUGUCGUUAUACUCGGUUGGUCGAUGAUGGAAAAAAAAUUCAAAAUUCUCCGCACACAAUUAGGCAGAGCAACCAGUCGGGCCGCCAGUGGAGUGGAGUGAGUGUUGUUGUCAGAAGAGUGGAUUUUUGUGAUCGUCGCGCUUAAUAGUAAAAAACCAAAAAAGCAAAACAAAACGAAGGAGAAAAUAAAACGUAUCUAGUACAACAAUUGCAUUGAAAUACCAGCAGCAACAACAACUAUUGGGCACACUCACAAAAAGAGAUGGUGUUGAUCACCAGCAGCAAACCAAAAACGCUAGCAGCAACAACAACAAAUAUGAAACCAACAAAAGCUAAGCAUGAAGUUUUACUGCUGCAGUUGUGUUUUAGACCACGAAAUAUGUUUACUUAAAAGUUUCGGCACAGUAAGAAAAGUGAUAUUUAACCAAGCAGUCGCGGAAAACCUGUUGGGUGUUUUGGAAAGUCUAUUUCUUUUGCUUCUGCUUCUUCUUCUACGUCGGUCUUGGGCACUAUGAUUUCGACAACAAACAACGGCUACAUGGAUUGAUUUUUUUUUGGUUUAAGUUUUCGAAAACGCUGUACGAAAAACACAACACACAUCGUCGUUGUAUUACUCGGAAAAAAGAGCUGUUGUGUGGUUGGCGAAUGGAAUUUACAACGCGCGGAGACAAUAACUAAGCAAAAAUCACAAAAAAAAAAGAAGAAAAAAAUAUAAAAGAUACCCAAGCGCAAUAGCUCCCCCAUGUUGUUUCACAAUAAUACAAAAUUGAAAGAAAUAAAAUUGAAAAACAAAAAAAAAAUAGCGAAUCGGAAAAAAAUUGCUCAGCUAGCUGGGUAAGAUAUUCCAUUGAAAACAAGAAGAAGAAGAAAUUUGUAAACCAACUGCAAGCAAAUGUUUGAACUUAAUUGAAAACAAAAAAAAAAAAAAAAAAAAAAAACAGAGGAUUCAGAAUUUAAAACUUCAAUUGCAAAAGAAGAAGAAAAUAAAAAAAAACAACAACAACAAAUAAAACAAAAAAGUGAAUGUGUUCUUGUUGUUAUGUUAAUAAUUAUUAUUAAUAAAGUGCUCAUAAUGAAGUUAAUGAUUAAAAUGAUCAGAGAUCAACAACAGCAGGCAUUUUAUAAGAAAAAGUAAAACGAAAGAAAGAAACAAGAGAAAAUAAAAAUGCAAUAAAAUAUUGUGGCACACACAAGACAAGUACAAAACGAAAGUAAAAAAAUAAGCAAGAAUUAUGGAAAUUAAUUUAUAAAUUUACAACAAAAUAAAUUUGUGACAAAAAAAAUUAUUAAACGGAUCGUAAACUCCUCUCCAGAAAUCCACAAUUCAUCCUUACUACCAUCAUCAUCAUCUUCACUACCCCAAGCGUUAAGAAAUUUUUUACUACGUGUUUCUUUUUUUUUUCUUCUGGGACUUGUACAACAACAGCAAAACUAUUGUAAAUGAAAGAGGUACCGAGAAUGUUGAUGUUGCAAUACAGCAAACAUGGCGAAUGUAUUCUUAAAGAAAUUGGAGCCGCAUUUCGUGGAGAACACCCCGCGGAUCUGACAAUUGUCUGCGAGAACAAAGUUAAAUUGCAUGCUCACAAGCUGGUCUUGGCAGCGGCAAGUCCGUUAAUUAGAAAUCUUCUGGAAGAUACACAGCUUUAUGAUUGCAUGACAACCGUAUAUUUCCCGGAUGUGAAUGCAACGUAUUUUAAGUUUCUGUUGGAUUUCUUGUAUUCCGGCCAGACGUGCAUAACAUCGCGGGAUGUCAACUAUUUACAUGACCUGUUGUUGCUGCUGCAAAUUAAAUCGGACAAUUGGAAGACCACCGAUACGACACCAGUUGCAACACCCAAUAGUGUGGGGGGUGGAGGUGGUGGCGGGGGAGGAGGCGUUGGCUUAGGUUUGGCUGGUGGUGGCAACUCAACCCCUUCUCACCACAUUCCCCACAAUCUCAACAGCAAUCGCAAACUUUCCGAAUCGGACUGUGAGAGCCCCGAUUGCGAAAAGAAACUGAAAAGUGAAAAUGGCAAUGACAUCAAAAAGAGCCCACCCUCCUCAUGCCACUCGGAAAAGAAUGCCGCCUCCGAUGAGAAUCACCACGACGAAGAUGAGGACAAUUUGAAUAUCGACAGUGACAGUACCGCAGAUCUAAUGAAAACCAAGGACAGCCAAGACAUAGACGACAACUUAUCCGAUGUGAACAGCAUAAGUGGUGGUGGUGGUGGUGGCUUAAAUCCGGUCAAUCUCUCGCUGGGCAUACGCACCAAGUCCGAACACAGUAUGAAAAAUAUAUUCCGUGGCAAAAGCAGCUAUUCUCCACCCGACUAUGAAACGCUCAACAUUAUGGAAAGUGCCAAGCGCAAAACACUGUUCUCGGACUCGGCCAAGGAUUGUCUUAAACCCCUCUCCGAACAUGGUGAUCUGAAUAGUUCUCCGGAUAAUUAUGUUGUGACACCGCAUCGAAAACGACGACCUGGUUUCCAUUCCUCACCCAGCCACAAGCCGUUUGUAUCCUAUCAACAAAAUCUGCUCGAUGAAUUCCGCUCAGCCAAAUCGGCCCUGUCACCCAUGUCGGGUUAUUUGCCGGAUAAAAAUAUGCUGCUGCCGCUGGAUGAGGGUGUUAUAAAUCCCUCUGAUAUCCUACCGCAAAAUCGUUUGGCCCUGGAGAAGAGUAUAUCACGACAUGACAACAGCCCUGAAAAGACAGUACAACUACCGCCACAGCUGGUCUAUCAAUGGCAGUCUAGCCAUCACAACUCGAAUAUUUCAUCACUAUCCCAUCUGCAAACGGGUCUCUCUUCCAUGGCGGACAUUAAUUUAAGCUUAGAAGGCUCCAGCAAUCAAAACUCCAACAACAACUGUGGCGGCUCGGCGGCCAGUGGAGGCGGUGGCGGCGUCGGCGGUGGAGUUGGUAGCGGCGGUGGCAAUUCCCAGAAUUCAGUUCGAGAAUAUCGCUGCGAGUAUUGUGGCAAACAGUUUGGCAUGUCCUGGAAUCUGAAGACCCAUCUUCGUGUACACACCGGUGAGAAGCCAUUCGCCUGCCGCCUUUGCAUAGCUAUGUUCAAGCAAAAGGCCCAUCUGCUAAAACAUUUGUGUUCAGUUCAUAGAAAUGUCAUUACCACCAAUGGCAGCGACAAUGACACCCGAUAUUGUUGCUGUUUCUGUUCAAUGUAUUUCGAAUCAGUACAAGAGUUGGUCCGACAUUUGUCGGGUCACCACAACAAUUUAUUGUUAGCAAAAAACUUACGCGAUUAGUACUUGAUAAUAAUAAUAAUAAUAACAAUAACAAUAAUCAUAAUUAUAUUUUUUGAUCCUAAAGAAGAAGAAGAAGAAGAAAAAAGUGAAUAUUUAUAUAAUUUUAUAUACAUGCAUACCAUAUACACCAACAACAACAACAAAAUCAAUCAAGCACCCAUACCCCCAUGCAUCUUUUUUCCUCUCUGUCUCUCUUACUCUCUCUCUCUCCCAUAUGCUGCACAAAUCCAUAUAGGUACCUAUAUUAUAUAUAUAUAAUUUUUAAAUAUACAAAAGUAGUGCUCCUCCACCCCCACCCCCUCGUCGUAGCCCUUUUUGGAUAAAUAACUUAAAAUGCAAGUAUGUAUGUUUGCAUCAACAAUCUAUAUAUACAUAUAUGUACAUAUAUAUCAAAAAAAAAAAAAAACAACAAGAAAACUGUUCAAUCCCAUCUUAAAAAAAAUUCUAUAUAUUCUAUAUAUGUAUAUAUAUAAUAUAAAGCUAUGCAUUUUGUCGUUGUUAAUUUUUAACAUUUCCAUCUAUAUUUUUCUACUUUUUUGUAUAUUUUUUUUUAAAUAUAAACUUUUACACAUUGUCGUAUACAUGAUUUUUUUUUAUUAUUAUUAU